AUGCCCCCUAAAGACAUUGAAAAAUUUGGGAUCCUCCAUGACAUCGAUGAUUCUUUUGCCCAUCCCAAUCACUUGCUGAAGGCGGAGUACAAGCAACAGCCUUUCAGGUGUGACCAUUGCAAUAAUGUAGGGGAUGGUCUUCGGUAUCAUUGUGAUGCAUGUAACGUGACGUUCCACCAGGUUUGUGCUCAGCACCCAACCAGGUUAACAUCACACCUACACCCCCAACAUGAGCUUGAACUCAAGCUCAGGCCAACUGCACAGGGAAUACAUUGUGAGCAAUGUGGAGACAAAGGGAAGACUAAUAAUCGAAUGUACACAUGCUAUGAGUGUGUCUUCUACAUGCACCCUCAGUGCAGCCAGUUGCCACUCUACUUGCUGCACCCGCUGCACCCUCCCCACCCACUGUUGCUCAAGAGAUCACGUAGUGAUUUCCAUUGCUGUGCUUGUUCGAGGUGGAUGACAAAUGAAUGUAAGUACAGCUGUACACGAUGCGGACUUGAUUUUGAUCUUACUUGCAUCAUGGAGAAUUCAGUACUUGGUCUAGGUGAUGUACUAAGACAGAAUUACACAGAGCAUAUGAUCAAGGUACUGCCAGUGGCAAAUUUAACUUCUUCGUAUGCUUCUAUACGAGAUCCUGAUUAUACAGCAAGUAAUGAUCAUAAUGUUUACAUGCUUUCAUUAAAAGCUUUGAAGCUCGCGCUUGGAGUCAUAGAUAUCUAA